AUGCAGAAUGAGACAGUUUGCUGGUUGAUGGCUUUUCUCAGAAGAAAAAGCGGCUACCUCAGCAACCAGCAGAGGCGUGCUCAGGCCAGUUGUGGGAGUAUUUGUUGUCAACGAGGAAGUACUGUGACAGUCCCACAGAGAGCGGGUGAAGGUGUGGCCUCACUAACAGCACUAACACAGCAUGUAGGUGGAAAGAAUAAAACUGCUCAUUUACCACAUACUACGAUGACACGGGAACUUCUUUUGUGGGUCCUCAUCCUAAAUGGCGCGCUCAAUCUAUCAGACAGCCAUGCCGCCCUAUUUGAGAUUGGAAAGGACUACGAGCUCGUACGACCUGUCCGGCUUCACUCUGUCAGAAGAAGAGACACCGGGAACCUCAGGCCAGAGACCCUGAAGUAUGCAAUGACCGUAGAAGGAAAAGAUGUCGAAAUGCACUUACAAAAAAACAAUGACUUACUCACUCGAGAUUACUCAGAGACUUUUUACCAAGAGGAUGGGACACAAGUCACGACUUCUCCAAAUGACAUUGAUCACUGCUACUAUCAUGGGAAGAUUGUGAACCAAAGCGACUCGACAGUUAGCAUCAGCACCUGUGAUGGACUUCGAGGUUAUUUCAGGACAUCAGCCCAGAGGUACUUGAUCGAGCCUCUGACUGGUGAUGAUGAGGGGGAUCAUGCCGUAAUGAAGUUCAACGAAGAGGACUACACACCCGCUGUGUGCGGUGUCACCAACACGACAUGGAGCACAGAUUUCGAGCCACCAACAAGCCGCAGUCGCUCCAGAUCAGCGGGUAUUUCCAUCAUUCAGCAACAGAAAUACAUUGAGCUCUACCUUGUUGCUGAUAACCGUGAGUAUGUGAAGCUAAACCGGGAUCAAACAGCACUGAGGAAAAGGAUAUUUGAAGUCGUCAACUUUGUCAACAUGGUAUACAAGCCCCUGAGGACCUUCAUUGCUCUUGUCGGCCUGGAGAUCUGGUCCAAUGGUGACUUGAUCUCCAUCACUCCUCCGGCCGGCGCUAAUCUAAAUGCGUUUAUGACAUGGAGGAAUUCUGAGCUGGUCAAGAGAAAGAAACAUGACAAUGCACAUCUUAUCAGCGGGAUUGACUUUGAGGGAGCAACGGUGGGACUGGCGUACAUCGGGACUCUCUGUUCCGGUCAUUCUGUCGGGGUAGUACAGGACCACAACAAUCGAGCCAUUGCUGUGGGGGCCACAUUGGCCCAUGAGAUGGGCCAUAAUCUUGGCAUGAAUCAUGAUGACUCCAGUGCUUGUAUCUGCGCUGGGGAUAGCUGCAUCAUGGGUGCAGCCCUCAGCUGGGACACCCCUCGCACUUUCAGUAGCUGCAGCAGUAGAGACUAUGAGAAAUAUUUGAUCGGCCGCAGCCCAAACUGUAUGCUGGACAAGCCGGACUACAUGAGUCUGGUGGUGCCCUCUGUCUGUGGAAACGGUUUUGUCGAGAAAGGAGAGCAGUGUGACUGUGGGACUGAAAAGGAAUGCACCAACCCAUGCUGCAAUGCAACCACUUGCACCCUAAGUGAGGGCUCCCAGUGUGCUGCAGGGGAGUGUUGUGACGACUGCAAGAUACUUCCGCGAUCUUGGGAGUGUCGGAGGAAACAGGAUGAAUGUGAUCUCGCAGAAUACUGUGAUGGGGAGAGUGACACAUGUCCUGAGGAUGUAUUCAGUGUCAACGGCUUACCAUGUGAUGAAGGCUCUGGUUAUUGUUAUAAUGGCCAGUGUCCAAAAAGAUCAGACCAAUGCCUCAAACUAUAUGGUGCAAGUGCUAUUGAGGCUCCUCCUUCCUGCUAUGACCUAAACACCAGAGGAACUUACUAUGCCUUCUGCAAACGUCCCUCAAAUGAUCAAUACUCCCCCUGCCAGAAAGAAAAUGUGUUUUGUGGGAAACUCUUCUGUCACAAUGGAAACAACAACCCAAACUAUGGCCGCAUGGUGAGGAUUGGUAACUGCAAAGCAGCUUUCUUUGGAGAAUACACUAAAGACUAUGGCCAGGUGGACACCGGGACCAAAUGUGGGGACGGAAAGGUGUGCAGUGAAAGUGAAUGCGUGAGUCUUCCAAAUGCUUACAGAAUCACAAACUGCUCUGCAAAUUGUCCUGGCCAUGCCGUGUGUAAUCACAAAAGUGUGUGUCAGUGUGAGCCUGGCUGGUUGCCUCCUUCAUGCUCCUCCAAAGACAACGAGUUCAGCGCUCUUUCUACUGGAGCAACUGCUGCCAUCGCAGUGGCAAUUUCAUUAGUGGUUCUGGGGAUAAUUAUUGCUGUCAUCGUGGGCGUCAUCCGGAAAAAACGACAGAGCCCUGUGUUACCAACUGCUCAUCAAGUAAGGAAGCAGCCAGCAGUGGACAGCUCUGCUCUCAUUCUUAAAGCACAAGUUCCCCGUCCACCCACACAAGUGUCGCAGGCUGGGAGGCCAAAACCCAAAGGACCUCCUCCUCCACCUCCACCAGCAGCAAACAGACCAAAUCCCGUAAACCACAACUACAGGGUUGUCCCUCAGGCACUAAGGCCUGUACCUCCACCUAAGGUCUAACGGCUCACCAUGCAAUACUUUCAGCAAGGGUAAAACACGAGGGAAAUAUCCACCUUUUUCAUAGAACACAAUUAUUUGUUAUUCAGGUUUUUCUACCUCAGCGCAACCAGAGUCACCGAGGAGAUAAAUGGACUGUAUUGAGUCAAGCGCUGAGGACUCAUCUCAAAAAGACUUUUUAAAAAUGUCUUUUCUUUAUUUAAAUUUUGUAUUUUUUUAUCUAAUUGUAUUCACUGCUGAAUUUUAAUAUAAUAUACGUGGAUUCAAGAAUUAACAGUUCUGCACGUCUCAAUUCUUUAUAUACGUAUGUAUGUACAGAAAUAUUCUUAAACGUAUAUAUAUAUAUAUAUAUAUAUAUAUAUAUAUAUGUAUAUUAUGUGUGUGUGUGUGUGUGUGCGUGCAUGUGUGUGUGUGUGUGUGUGUGUGUGUGUGUGUGUGUGUAUUCUUAGGCAAAAAGAGAUUUGUGUUGAAUGACUUCUCUACAAUAAUCUACAAAAUUACAAUAAUUUACACGACGUUUUGUCAAUAUGUGCUCUUAACACAUGAUUUUGGAAAUAGCUAAAUGGCAUUAGAGGUCAAUUAAAAAAAUCCAAGUUGUUUCGAGUUUCUUCUACAUGUGUUACAAUCUCUAUUAGUUACAGCUUGAACUACUGCGGUUUGCCAUUUCAAUAAAGGGGGCACAAAUCUGA